ACCAGUGUCCUCUGCGCUCGAAAAUCGGGUCGUCCUUCAAACUAGAAACAGGACAACAAUUUUGAUCUCCCACACAAGAAAAUGGCAGGAACGAUUGCCCGUAAAGCUGUAGACCAUUUGAAAAGCAAGGAGUUCAGAGAUUAUUUGAUGAGCACGCAUUUCUGGGGACCUGUGGCAAACUGGGGUCUACCUAUAGCAGCCAUCUCAGAUAUGAAAAAGAGCCCUGAGAUUAUCAGUGGCAGAAUGACCUUCGCUCUCUGUUGCUACUCACUCGUGUUCAUGAGAUUUGCUUACAAAGUGCAACCCCGCAACUGGCUGUUGUUUGCCUGCCACAUAACCAACGAAACAGCUCAGUUAAUCCAAGGAAGUCGUCUCAUCAAAUACAAUCUUGAGAAGAAGUCAUCAUAAUCACCAAAUCGCCUACAUGCCAGAGCUUUGGAACUCCGUGUAAAAUGUGGCUAAUUUACUCUGAUCAAAAGUCACAUUUGGACAGAGUCUAGUAAUAAGGUCAAUUCUUGGGGUGUAUUUCGGCAGUGUAACAUUAAAGAAAAUGUUAAUAUCCAAUAAUUGAGUGAUUGAUUGAUGCCUUAAAAAUAUGUUUUAGUGCACAGCCAAGAUGGUAAAAUGGAACGACUACUUUGAACAAUUAUACAUAAUGCAGGUCUUGGGCAUCAAUAUUUGUAUUUUCUGAAUGUGUAAAACACAUUUACAUUACAUCACAUUUAAUUGAUAAAACUGUCACCCAUGCUAAUAUGAAGUUGAACACACCAGUAUGUUAUACAAGUAAAUAUAGGUAUACAUUUAAUAAGGUUAUUUGCUAUUAUUUGAUUCAAACUGGACAUCUCAUUUGUUGAUGCUGACCAAAUCCGUGUUAACAUAUUCACAUUAAUUUAACAUGUUUUUGUUAUUUGAUUCAUUUUCCCUUAAAAUGGAACAUGAUUUCUUCAAAUAAAAAACACUUUUUAAUGAUGAAAAAAAAAAAAA